CCUCCCUCCCUCCCUCUCCGUCCAGACCAGAGAAGACAUUUCUCCUCCGUUCUCUCGAUCCACCAAACACCUACAAAAACCUCUUCAAAUCUCCGUUCCUCCGCCGGAUCUGUGAGCUCGGACGUGGUAUCGAUUCCAAUUGUCAUCGGAACCUGAAGUCGGAUUCGUGAGAUUCUCCUCCUCUCUAAUGGCGACGAGGAACCGGACUCAGAUAUUCCGGAAACACAGGGAUGCCUUGAAGAGCGUGAGGGCACCCUCGAGCUCGUCCGCUUCCACUUCCGGGAGAAGCGGCGGCCCGGUGAUCGAGAUGGUGAGCUCCUCGCUGUUGCAUCCCAAUCAGUCUUACGCUCCUCUCAGUACCGAAGAUCCUGGCAGCUCCAGUAAUGGUGCAGUUACAGUGGGUCUACCUCCAGCUUGGGUUGACAUUUCAGAAGACAUAGCAGCAAAUGUGCAGCGUGCUCGGGUAAAAAUGGCUGAGCUAACAAAAGCUCAUGCCAAAGCCUUGAUGCCUUCUUUCGGAGAUGGUAAAGAAGAUCAACGGUUGAUCGAGGGUCUUUCCCAAGAAAUAACCGAUCUUUUGAGAAAAUCAGAGAAGAAAUUAAUGAGACUUUCUGCAGCUGGGCCCUCUGAGGAUUCCAAUGUUAGAAAGAAUGUGCAGAGAUCCCUGGCAACUGACCUCCAGAGCCUUUCCAUGGAGCUCCGCAAAAAACAGUCUACUUACUUGAAACGCCUCAGACAGCAAAAGGAGGGUCAAGAUGGAGAUGAUUUGGAGAUGAACUUAGGUGGAAGUAGAUCACAGACGGAAGAUGAUGAUUUCGGUGACAUUGGUUUUAGUGAACAUCAGAUGGCCAAGUUGAGGAAGAGUGAGGCAUUGACGGCAGAAAGAGAGAGAGAAAUCCAGCAGGUGGUCCAGUCUGUUAACGAGCUUGCUCAGAUAAUGAAGGACUUGUCCGUUCUAGUGAUAGACCAGGUUAUAAGCCGUUUUCUUGCUGCAAUAUAUUACUGUGUGUUUUCCGCUCUUGGCAUCAUCCUAGUAAAUGCUGUUUUAUCGUCCAAACAGGGUACAAUUGUUGAUAGGAUAGACUACAACAUUCAGAACGUUGCCACUACAGUAGAGGAGGGGCUGAAACAGCUCCAGAAGGCGGAGAGGACCCAGAAGCAAGGAGGAAUGGUUAUGUGUGCCACAGUACUCGUGAUCAUGUGCCUUAUCAUGUUGGUCCUCCUUGUAAUUAAGGAGAUAUUGUUUUGAUGAAAUAAGCCGUAUAUACCGGGAUCUUCAUUCUUGUUCUUAUUACUGGGAAGAAAGAGAUGAGGUUGUGGGACUGCAAGGGUUUCGAACCCGAAAUUGCUGUGUAGUUCAGUAACCUGUAUACUGAGUUCAUUUAAAUUUUUCUAGUUGAUUCUUUCCUACUCCGCUGGGAGCUUUGUAAUUCCUGUCUUUUCAAAACACAACUCUGUGGAGAACAGACUUCCCCCCACUUUUUGUUAUGUUCAUAAUCGAUAAUCAACAUGAUAUAAACAUACUUUCUUGAUCUAGUAAAAA